AGAUUAAAACGUGAUAACCCGGUACGCUGCUACAUUUCACAGAUGAGAUCCCUUCACUAUUGAAAGCCACUCGAGGAGUUUGCCGCUUGGAGAAAACUCGCUGAAGCGCAGGCUCUUUCUGUGUGUUCGCAGGUACGUCAUCACGACACUGUGCGGAAAAUCCUGCCCAUGUCCGGACAUCGUGAUCGCGUUACUCUUCUGGAUCGGGUACACAAACUCGGCGCUGAACCCGCUGAUCUAUGCGUACUUCAACCGCGACUUUCGAGAAGCCUUCAAGAAUACGCUGCAGUGCGCGUUCUGCUCGCUUUGCAGACGAGAGCCGUCCGACCUCGAGGCGCUCGAUUUCCGUCGGCCGUCCCUAAGGCGAGGCGAAUAACGAGGUGCACAAGAUCUGCAGGAAGGGAUUCAGAAUGGAUUCUUGGUUCGAGAGAUACCUUUAUUAUUAUUAUUUUCAAGGGAGCACGGAAUUCGAUGGCAAGGUAUGCAGUGGCAGUCUGCACAAAGCGGACACAGUUGAAUAUUUUCUGCAAUUUUGAAAAUCUGCGAGGUCCGGGCAUGUAGAACGUGUAAGUUUCGCCGUUUAAAACACAGACACGUAUUUAAAAGUCGUUCGAUAUAUUUUCGUGAACUCUGACGGAGCAACCACGGAGUCUACAGGGUUAACUACGUAAUCGUUGGGCAACUAGAUCGAGAAACCUGUAAUUAAAACGUUUAAACGGGAUUUAGGGCAGGAUGAAUCGCGUGUUCGACGAGCGAUUGCGGAAAAUUGUGUGACAUUUUAAUUA